AUGAAGUCUAUGGGCACCCGCGACAAGCUCACGGCGGCGUCGGGCCACCGCCGCGUCCUCUUCGUCGUCUUCGCCUUCUGCUUCGCCUUCGCCACCUUCCUCACCUUCCUCUACACCACCUCCCACUUCACGACCGCGCCGAGCUCCGGCUCCGCCACGGGGUCCGCCGCGGCCUCAACCACCACCUCCGUCUCCAGCGGCAACAGCGGCGGCCAAGCAGGGUUCGAGUCCGGGCUGCCGCUGCCGGUGUUCGAGGCGCUGGUCCACUUCGCGUCGAUCUCGAACGCGACGCACCGGAUGUCGGACACGGACAUCCGCGCCAUCUCCGCGGUCCUCCGCGCGCGCGCGCCCUGCAACCUGCUGGUGUUCGGGCUGGGCGCGGAGUCCCCGCUGUGGCUGGCGCUGAACCACGGCGGGCGGACCGUGUUCCUGGAGGAGAACGAGUUCUACGUCAAGUACCUGGAGCCGCGGCACCCGGGGAUGGAGGCGUACGACGUGUCCUACACCACCAAGGUGCGGGACUUCCGGGACCUGCUGGCGGCGGCGCGGGCGGCGCGGCGGAAGGAGUGCCGCCCCGUGCAGAACCUGCUCUUCUCCGAGUGCCGCCUCGCCAUCAACGACCUGCCCAACGACCUCUACGACGUGCCCUGGGACGUCGUGCUCAUCGACGGGCCGUCCGGGUGGAACCCCAACUCGCCCGGCAGGAUGCCAUCCAUCUUCACCACCGCCGUGCUGGCGCGCUCCGGCGCCACCGCCGCCAAGGGCCGCCCCACCGACGUGCUGGUGCACGACUUCCAGUUCGAGGUGGAGCAGGUGCUCAGCAGGGAGUUUCUGUGCGACGAGAACCGCGUCGCCGGCAGCGGCACCCCGUCGCUCGGCCACUUCGUCAUCCAUGGGGGCGGGGCCGGCGACGCCUUCUGCGCCGGACAGGAGGACGCUGGCUCGUCGGGGGAGAAGACGCGCCGCCGCCGCCGCAAGUAA